GCGCGAUCCUUUGGAAUCUAAAUGGGACGCGUCAACCAUUCUAACUGAACCGGAUCAACUUUGGACGUAAAAGAACGAGAUACGGAAUCAAGUUAAUGUAGAGAUUAAAAUAAGGAACCGAAAUAGUAAGUAGGCCUAAUCAUGAGCGUUUGUAAAUUGAGUGUCAUUUCACAGAAAGCAACCUGUGUAGGCUAUUGUGGGCUGGGAUCAUGUGAUAGACGGUGGAAUUUGACACCACCCCAGGCUUUAAAAAACCUGAGCCAACUCACAUCUGUAUUUGGAGCUACAAUUUAACACUAACAUCUGCAGUUUUCAGUGAAGAAAGAGGGAGACUAUUUCUAUUCAAUGAGAACGAUACCUGUGACGCGGACCAUAACGCAUCUCGGGCGCAUCCAUUGUGGAACAUACAGAGAAUCCCAUGAUCAAGUGAAGUUCUAUAUGGAACUCUUAUCAUAGCCUGUCUAUCUGGAAGUUUUUCAGAACUUUGGCUGCAUAUUUUUAAUUAAAAUUAAGAUUGCGCAAGUAUGCCAGUGUAUGUAAGAGAGGAAUCCAGAAAAAUAUUUAUAAGGAAUAAAGUGCCAUUGCAUUUAGAUUUUUUUGGUCUUAUAAGGUUGAUAUUUUUCUGCUCACACACACGUCCAUGAUUGGGAAGGUUGUCGGAGUCGGUGAAGAUGGAAAAAUGUGGAAGAGGCAGGAAGUGUCAACUGCCAAAUAUCACCUGAGGAACUGGAAGAUGAUGCUGUGGGUGGUGGCCUCUCUGCUGACCCUGAUAGAGGGGGUGUUCUCUGAGGAGGACCCAAAGGAGGCCCACACUGAGCAGCUCCGAGCCCAGGAGAGGACCACCACCGCUGGGACCUGGCUCCCAGACCACUACCCAGAGGUCCACGAGCUGGAAGAGAAGAGGGGAGGCCAUGGCCAGGCCUCCUGGCCUAGUCUUUUCGAGAACCCAGGUCUGGAGGACGACGGAGAGGGCUAUCCAAGCAGGUGGCAACGCUCACCCCCUGACCCAGGACCCGAACCCUCCCGUAGAGGCUCUCGCAAGAAAAGCAAAAAGCCCAAGAACAGCAGCCGGGACUGCCGCAUGGAGAAGAAGGAGAUGCGUGUCAGAGACCUGGGCCUGGGCUUCGACUCGGAUGAGAUCAUCCUGUUUAAGUACUGUGUGGGGACGUGCUCGAGCUCCCGUAAGAACUACGACCUGGCCCUUAAGGCCCUGAUGGAGAACGAGAGUAUCCCCAGCAGGAAGGUGAGCGCCCACCCCUGCUGCCGGCCCACGCGCUACGAGACUGUCUCCUUCAUGGAUGCCCAGACUAUAUGGCAGACCAUCAAGUGGCUGUCAGCGGCUAACUGUAGCUGUGUGGGGUGACGGGCGGCGAGUAAGAGGAAGUCUACCUGCAGAACACACAUGCAUAAAGAAGCUCCAGGGUGAAGAGAGGAAGUGGCUAAGAUGCCUUGACUGUGGGCGUGUUGGGCAUAAAUGGUGGAUCAGACCCUGGAUCGAAGCCUUGGCCCAAUGGCUGGGUUUCAGCCUGACGUGGAUCCACUUUGGAUUAACCAGUCUUCUUGGGUAGGGAAAGAACGGAUGCAAGAUAGAGAUACAGCCUAUCAAAUCUCUAUGUUUAACAGAGGAGUUACAUCCUCAGUCAGAGCCCAGGAGUCACAGCUCUGGAGACUGGUGAGGAAUGGAAUUCCUGGGCAGGGACUGGGGUGGUUAGGACUGUGGUGGUUAGGACUGGGGUGGUUAGGACUGGGGUGGUUAGGACUGGUUGUCUCCCUCCCUGUGCUGACAGCAAGAUGCCCCAUAAGAGUCUUGCCCCAUAAGAGGGUGGACUUCACUUGGUGUCUGCCCUAAUGUGCCUUUUGUUAUGUCAAAAAAGAGGAGAUGGUGAAGCAAAAGCCUUGGACCAUUGGACCUUAACUCUGAACCAGAAGAGGAGCAUUUUGGGUUACAUGGCAACUGACCGUAAAGAGGGCAACCAGUUUGAAGAACAAAUACUUGUGAAGAAAUAUUAAGAAGUUACGUUUUUUGGUUUAGAAGGCUCUCCAAUAAGACCAAAAUAACUUUGACAUGUAAUGCAUUUUUAUGUUUCCUUCAAUGGCAGCUCAUCCACAUAGGGAUUGGUCAUAGCAAGGUAGCUUUGAGCCAACUGUAGUACUGUACAUCUCCCAUCUCCAAGUGUUUCAUCAUGGCAUUCAGUUGAUUCCUACACAUCUACUCUUACUUUAGUAACUCAUGCAUGCUUUGAGAACAAUACCAAAACGGUAUCAACUGUACCUACUUAGAUUAACUGUAAAGUCUAGCAGAAUCUGAGGCACUUGUUUGUAGCUUGGCCCAACUUGUUUACUGUACACUAUAAACAGUGUGUUGUAGGAUGCCAUCACAGGGCCAAGGUCAGUCAUGGCCCAGCCAUACCUCAUGCUGCCUGACACACAGCUUUCAUCACAUGGUUUAUUUUCAGCUCUGAACGUGGCACUUCACCGCUGUCAAUUUAACUUUUUGGAUUACAAAGAUAAUUGAGCAUAUUGACAACUGUUAUUCAGAAUGUGCUUAUCAUACUUUGUACCGAGAUAGUAUACUGUAAAUAUCUCAUAUUGCAUAAUUUAUCUAUGUUAUGUUUCUUAUGGACAAACAGAACUCUUCAUUGACACCACUCUGUUGCAUCUGUGUUGAAGGAACGUUUGAGUGGACCCCAUAUGUACAUAAUGUCUUCUGAUUGGCUGCCUCUCCACACCUGACCAAUGAAAUGGAGACAUACAGCAGAGAGAAUAAGACAUAAUGUACUGUAGAUACAGUAUAUCAAAACAAGGGGAAAGUUUACGAACUAAUGUAUCCCACAUAUUGCAUUAUAGUAUAUUUAUGUAUUUAUAAAGUAUUGUAUAAACUGUAGCUUCCUCUCUCAGUGUUCUUUAGAUUGUUGAUGGUUAAGCGACAGUGUAGGUGUUAAAACGUAUAUUCAUAUCAAGUGGUGUUAAGAAAAUAAAAGUGAAGCAUUAUUUUUGUUCAACUGUUGGAGUUUGUACAGUAGGUUUUCAUAAAGAAAUGUCAUCUGUUCAUCUGCUUGUAGUAGGCUAUGUACAUUGUGUACAUUGUGCCUAGUUCUCAGGAUCAUGCUGUUAUGUUUUACAUUAGCUGAAAGUCAUAUAUCUCCCCAAUCUCUUUAUAGUUAGAUAUCAUCUGAUCAAGAGUCUAUUGAAAGAUGUAUCCAUAUAUUGUUAUUAUAUCCAUGAUGUCAUUCAUUGUCUCAAUCUGUGUUACCUACCCAGAUCCCACCACCAAUGGUAGGCCUGCUAAAGUUGAACCAAACCAUGUAGUGAGAGAGGUUUCUAUUCCAUUUUAACCAUGUGCUUCAACUGUAACACGUGCAGAGAUUUUGUGUUUGCUAGUUGUUCACAGAAAUAUGUUUAGGGACUGGCAAAGUGUGAGCCCAGAUGAUAACUGGUCUUUAUUCUGCCUUCGGUACAUGUACGGUUUGUGGUUAUAUUAAGCUGCAGCAUCUGGUGUGCGUUUAAUCUGCAAACAUGGGGCCUUCACCCAUUGUUUAAGUCCAAACGUAACUUCCCUGUUAGAUGCCAUGCAUCUCAUCAUCACCGAAUUGUACAUUAGGGAAAGUAUUUAUUACAUUUAAAUUAUUUAUUUAUUGCCAUUUUAUGUUAUACACUUGUUCUUACAAAUAUCAGAUGUUUAUAAUUUAUGAAGUGGCCAUGUAUGCUUUAUUUUCUUUUACUAUUGUAUUCUCUGUGGAAAGAGCAAGAAUGUUCCCCCCCCC